AUGUCUACCGAAGAGCGAGCUCCGCUCUUGUCGACUCGCCAAGGUCUUCCUGUGGCCAACAGCUCCUCAACCGUUCAGGACCAUCCCAUCUUUCUUCGAGUUUGCCAUUCCCCAUGGCCAUGGGUUAGCCAAAGCUGUUUGGUGUACCUUCGCGGUCUCAUCUUCUGCUACCUCACUGGCCUCGCCGGCAUGCUCUUGCGCUACAAGUUUCACCACGAAUAUCCCCACAAUGAGGGAAAGCCCAAUUGGCAUAUCUUCUUCGAAUUUGCCUCAAUGGCCUAUCUCCUUUUCUGGUUUUAUCACCUCAUUACCUUUUGUUGGAGCUUUACCCAUCUCUUUUUCCCCGACGUCGACGAGGAUGACAACAGCUGGGAAUCUGUGCUUUUGUGCAAGAUGUCUCCACCUCUUCAGACACCAAAGUCGCGCAAGCGCUUGUACUUCAGCAUCUUCUACACCAUCUCCCAUGUGUUUGUCUUUAUGAACACGCUCAUUUACUGGUGCAUCUUGGUGCCGAAGGGGUACGGUCACCUUCCCAAGGGCAAGGAAGGCGAGCCGGUCUCGGAUUCAACUUGGAAGGAUUUCUGGGGCCACGGAUGGUUUGAGCCGUUCUGCAUUCUUAAUCUCUACCUGGCUACCUCGCUCAUUGCCCUCUUCGAGAUCUUUGUCUUGAAUAGCAUCAAGCGCCAGGUCCCUGUUCCUGCGCACGUUAUCGCGACGGUAUUCUUUCUCUCGGCUUACCUUGGCUGGGCCGCUUUCGGCAAGUGGUUCACCGGCUUGUAUCCAUUCUUCUGGAUGGAUCCCGAGAUCAUGAAGAAGACCGAGUACAUUGCGUCGUAUGUUGCAGGAUUCUUGUGCCUUGGACCUGCAGUCUUCGCCUUCAUGUAUGGACUCAUUGGCAUGCGCGAGAACAUGACUCAAAAGGAUGACGGGGACAAGAAGCAGCCUGCCCACAACAGGUCGCUCUUGGACGAGUAA